UCGUGGAAUUGAGGAUCACACACACACAUCUAUAUAUAUUUAUAUAGCUAUAUUUAUAAGUCAAAUGUGACGUCCGAUCACAGUACAUAUACGAGCGUUAUUAUUCACUGUUAUUUUUGGUGAUUUGUAUAAUUUGUCAUUUUUGAUCUUUUGAGUGUCUAGCAAAAAUAUAUGUCUUUGAUUUUGAUUAAAACUGAAGAUGACCGAGAAAAAAUUACAUUUAUAUUCUAAUGGAGCCAAAGAAUUAAUGACUAAUAAAGAUUAUAUUGCUCCAGUAAGGUUAUGGAAGAAAUUGCAAAUAAACGAAGGGACUUUCAGUUGUUUACUCUUCAUAAUGUCACUGUCCAUUGUUUUGGGAAAGUUAUAUAUAAAUUACGGGAAUAUUGUACAGCUGCAAAAUAAUUUUAAAUAUAUAUCAUCAACAUCUGUGUUUCCAAAUAUCUCCAAUGUAUUUGAUUUAUCACGUAUACCUAAUGUGUCACAAUUUAGCGUGAAACAAUUAACUACUGUGAAUGAAAAGUUUGUUAAUACUAGUCAAUACGAUGAUGUUCUAAGUGUAAUGACAUCAUUUGUUAAAACAUAUGGAUGGCUGAUAAAAGCAACAAUAUGUGGUCUCAUAAUGAUGGGUUUUAGUUGGUAUAUAAUUUAUAAAGAUAGCAGUAUUCCUGGAAUUAAUCCACCUUCCCCUCUUAGUCCUUCUAAUCGAAGAUUUUCAAAGUCAUCAGGAGUACAAGUGAAUUAUUUGAUCGGAAUAUUAAAUGGGAUACUAAUCUUUGUCUACAUGUGUCUCUAAUAUCCUUAAAUCUAAAGUAUGACAAUGUGGUAGCAUGUACAUUAUACAGUGCCCUACAGUAAUUCUAUUUAUUUGUUAUUUAUAUUAAUUAGUGAUACUUAUUCGAAAUAUUAAUUAUUUCUGAUUAUUAGAGUAUUUAAUUUAAUAAUUAGCCUCUUAUAUUUAUAUAAUUUAUGCCAUACAAACCAAGAAAUAUCUUUCAUAAUGAAACAAGUAAUUUCAUAAGAUAUAUAUUUUCUGUAUUAGAUGUUUGUUACAGAGCAGUAUUUUCUUACAUACAUACGUUAAAGUGAGAAAAUAUAUUCUAUAUACAGUUUAGAAUAAUGUUUUGCUUCUAUACAGUAUUGCAACAUUAUAAAAGUGUAUAAUUUGUGUUGUCAUUUUAAAAAUGUCUAAAGAUCUAUGUACUGUAUAAAGAGAUAUAUGUACUACAUAAAUAUUUAAUAUUUAAUAUAUAAAUUCAUGUAUCUUGAUUGAUAAA